UCCAGAUAUAUAACGUUAUACAGGAAAAAUUAUGAAAUUCAUGUUUUUCAAGAAAAGAGCAGAAGGAUUCACUUGCGGCUCUUAUUCCAGCACGAUAGGUGGCGGUAAUGUUGUUAUGCUGUCAAUCUUAUUGUAAAAUCAGUCCAGUCAAAACUCUGUUCUGGGUUUGGUUCCGUUGUCACCAUUUUCACACACAAAAAAAUCGUCAGUGAGUUGAUGAUAGCUAUCUACCAUGCUAGUUACCUUUACUGUUAGAUUUCUGCUUAUCGAACAUAUUUGGUAACAUUCCGGCAUGGACAAACGAGUCAAGAAGAGUACAGCCAGUACUGGUCCCCCACUUCCUCUCUCCUCUUUGCGAUUAUUGGUUUCUCCUCUGCGGCUGAUGUAUUCAUUUGUAUGGCAUGUGGUGAAUCAACGAAAUGUGAUGCACUAUGGGAAGGUCGAGGAAUUUGUAACUGUGGUGACUGAAGCUGUUCCGAAGUUGCUGAGUUACAAACAGAGGGCUCAACUCAUCCUGGGCCUGAGAGCAAGGAUGAUCUUGGAGUUGUUCCGCAAGGACCCACCCAACCUUCAGGACAUCCAACGUCUCCUGGAAAAUAUUAACAUUUUGGGGCAGCAAGAUGCAGAAGUGGAGGAGUCGCAGGCUAACUUUGUGGCGCUGGUCCAAACCCUGCUGAAAAAUCCUUAUGAGAGGAAGCACUUCUUCCAGGAGGAGUUCCAUACACAGUAUGGCUCCAAGUAUGACACAGCACUGCAGGCCCUUGUGGGAGGCUUGGUCCUCAGACUGGAACGGCUGCUAUCUGUGCCAGAUCUCUCCCAGAUAGCGUCCAUUAUCAGUGCUGACCCCUCUGACCUGGAGGAGUGUGGACAGUCUGUGUCUGACCCUGAGCACCUGAAGAUCCUCCUCCAGCACCAGAACCUGCUAAAUAAGAUUCAGUUGGUACCUGUCACGUCCUCUGUAGGGGACUGUGUGCUGUCCUCACUGUCUUUCCGCUUAACCUGUGGAAUGCAGUCCAUGCAGACAGAUUUUUACGAACCAGCGGAAUCAUUAGAAGCCGCUCUAAGCAUCAUGAGCCCUGCCUCCUUCAGUGACUUGGAGGAUCUGGGAAUGAUGCCAGUUGAAUCGGACCACGCUGGAGCAGUAACUACUGUGGAGAGAGAAGAGCAGAAUGCCAGGGAUAACGGAGGUCGGGUGAAAAAUUCAGUAGUCGACAGUGAAGAAGACAAUGCACUGUCAAAGAACAACAUAGUCUCACCUACUCCUCAAAGUGUAAGCAGGGCAGUGGGAGGGGCACCAACAGUAGAGAGCAUGCUGCCAACAGAGAGACACAAGGAGCUUGCAACACUGAUGAAUACUUUCAUCACCGAAGCCUCUCCUUCACAUAUUGUCACCCCUGCCACAGUCACCAAUGGGAACCAGCCAGAUAACCAGCCGGUUGAGCUAGCGAGUGUCCACCAGUGGGUCUCCCACAUUGCAAGUAACUCGAUUUCGCUCCCUUCCUUGCCACCCCUUCCACAAAACAAUGAUGUAGACCAGGAGAUCCGGUCAGGUGACACGUGUCUUGGAAGCAGUGUGGAAAUUGGGGGUCAGGAAGCAGAAGCCAAUCUCUUUGAGAAGGCUGUUAUCCGAAGGAGAUGGGCGCCCAAGCCACAAAGAAUAACGGUACCCUCGAAGAGGAAAAUCCCUGAGGCAACCAUCAUUUGCCAGGAGUGUGGGAAGAGUUUUGUCUAUCCGUCUCAGCUGGAAAAUCACCUCCGCAUUCACACAGGAGAGAAACCUUUCAAGUGCACUGAGUGUGGCAGGGCCUUCAGGUCCUUAGGAGGCAUGACCACUCAUAUGAAAAAUCACUCUGAAGCGCGGCCAUUUAAGUGUGAAAAGUGUGACAAGGGCUUUCGGAAAAAGGCUGACUUGAAGAAUCAUCAGCCCAUCCACACGGGUGCGAAACCACAUAAAUGCACCAUCUGCGGAAAGGGCUUCAGCCAAGCAUUCUAUUGCAGAAUACACAUCCAGUCUCAUGCAAGUGAAAAUAACUUUCCCUGCACUCAUUGUCCGAAGAGAUUCCCAACCCAAUACAAGCUGUCUGUCCACGAGCGCUGGCACACCAUGGAGCGCCCGUUCAUCUGUGAGCAGUGUGGGAUGCGCUUCUUUCAUCCCAGUGGGCUGAAGAGGCACAUGGGCUAUCACAUUGGGAACCGCCCGUUCCUGUGUGCCCAGUGUGGAAAGACUUUUGUUUAUGAGUUUGACCUGAAGAAACACCAAAGGGACCAUGGCCCCAAGCCCAAGAUCCCAUGCCCUGUCUGCCAGAAGGUGUUUGGCAGCAACGGACUCAUCAAGGCCCACAUGUUUACGCACACCUCUGUAAAACCUUACAGAUGUGACAUAUGUGACAAGACCUUUAAACAGAGCAGCAGCUUGAGCAGUCACAAACGUCUGCACACGGGCGAACGCCCUUACCACUGCGACAUGUGUGGGAAGACAUACAAGCUGAAUCAGCACCUGAAGGAGCACAUAAUUGUCCACCACACGGCGGAGGGGCACCCCUGUGACCAGUGUGGAAAGGUCUUCAAGUUACCACGUCUUCUGAAGGCGCAUGAGCGGUUGCACUCAGGAGAGCGAUCUGAACAGACAAGGAAAUACAGUCACACCAGCCGUCGCAGGAGAAAUUCCUCCAAAAUGAGUUGAUUUACUGCACAGUGGCUGCCUUCCAUAGACACCGACUGGAAUGCUAGUUUUAUUAUCCUGACAAAUUGCCAUUAGCUGAAAUAAUAUUUCAAUUUUUUUGUGGUAGACUUUAGAUUUUGGACCAGAAUUCAGGAUUCCCUUAAUAGACAAAACAUUGAAAAAUAGUAUAAUGUCUGGCUUAGUUAAUGCAGCAACAAACAUAUCUCCUGUUAGAUAACAAUUAAUGAUUGUGUCAUUAAAACAUAUUUGUUUGUGA